AUGCACGCGGUUGUUGUUCAAGGUGGCCGCUACCUCUCAGAACUGAUAUUCGGCCGCUUCCUCUGGGGAUGGCCCAAAGGAUCGCCGACGCGUCCCCCUCCCUCCGCCUUUUUUCUCGCUUUGCUGCAGGCUCCUCCUCUCCAUAUCAUCGCGAAAACUUGGGCUGAAAACGGCAAUUCCGGUAUUGGUAUCGCGCUGAGUGGCUUCGUAGUGACGUGCCAGCUCAAGUGUGGCUUCACGAGAAGACUACAACCCGCGACGUUCAAGCGACAGCUGUCAAUUGGCUCUUCGCUUUUCGCGACGUUUACUUGCGUCCUGGCCGAAGAAGAGUGCCUGACUGACUCGCGCAUCCAGUGCUACGACUGCAACUCGGAACAGGAGCCUCGCUGCAGAGACCCGUUCAACCACAGCGAGGAAAACCUGCCGACGCUGAGGGAGUGCCAAGGAUGCUGCGUGAAGAUCGUCAAGAGGCACGGAAAGCACGACCAGGAGGUGCGACGCACGUGCACCGAGCGGCUGCAGAUCAACAUGUUUCUAGUGGACCACGUGUGCAUGUACGAAUCUGGCGGUGGCGGCCACAUGUGUUUCUGUGAGAGUGACGCCUGCAACUCGGCUCCGACGGCCGCCAACAGCACGGCCUCUUCACUCAUGGUCGUCCUGCUGCUGCUGCUGCUAGCCACCGUGCAGCGGUUCGUGACCUCACUCUCCACGUCGGCGACGACCGAGGCCCGUGCGAGGCUGAGAACUUCCUAGACCUCGCCGUGUCCGCUGGUCCCUGUGGACCACAUGGUGUACAACUGGCCACCACCAUCGGGGCGUCGAGGGAGAGACAGAGGAAUGACUUUGACCGUCCACUAUGUCGUAUAGACGCCCGGGACAUCAUCCUCUUGCCCCUGCGUGAGCGCGGCUCUAAGCGCACCCAGACUCGAGGCCAUGUGAAACGUCGAGCCCCGGUUCUGGCGUUUCAGUGGUGGCGGUGGCCUCGGGAGGUGCGCCCGAAAGGCAGCCCGACCCGUGUCACCGAGGCUGCUCAACGCAGUCAUAACAGCGGCUGUGACUUAGGGCCGACUACGUCCACGUCACCAGACAGAGUUCUGACAACAAGUAUAUGUGUCGUUCUAACUUGUCCAACGUGAUGCUGUUUUCGUCAAGAGUCUUGACGCGGCCGUAGGUUAGCUGACCGAUCUCAGAGCCGUGUUGAUCCGUCUUCUGUUGCUAGUUCUGGCUCUGAUUGGUCUCUUUCCGAAUCGGAAUCAAACUUUUCUGCCUCGAAGAAGCGUAAGGGUGUUUCCCA